AUGACAACGUCAGAGAUAAAGCACACUCGUGAGAACGAAGCUUUAAUAGCGACAUCAGAUCAGCUACUGGGGUUGAUAGAAUCAUUUAUAGAAUUAGGGGUCCUUGUUCAUGACAAUCAAGGUACUCAGCAAUCUCAUGCCGCUUUGACACAUAAGAUUAAUCAGGUAAUAAAUCAAUUAUCUGGGUUGACAGCCAUGCCUUUCGUGCAGCAGUUUCCAAUACCAGUGGAUGUCAUUUCAUAUAUUGAAGAUGGAAGAAAUCCAGAUAUCUACACAAGAGAAUUCAUAGAAGUCACUGCGAAAACCAACGCAAGACUCAAAGGAAGAAUGGAAGGGUUUGCAAAACUAAGAGAUAUUCUUGGAGACAAGCUUAUGAAAGAAUGCCCAAGACUUACAAAGAAUAUCGAAGAUAUUAAGCAAAGAACGAGCCGUAAGCAGGACGGAUAG